GGCCCCCGCCCGCCGCGCCCGGGCCCGCGCCAUGGGGCUCUGGCUGCCGCCGCCCCCUGCGCCGCCGGGCUAGGGAGAUGCGGGCGCCCCCGGCGCGCGGCCCCCGCGGGCACCAUGAGCCCCCUGCUCCGCCGCCUGCUGCUCGCCGCGCUCCUGCAGCUGGCCCCCGCCCAGGGCCCUGUGUCCCAGCCUGAUACCCCCGGCCACCAGAAGAAAGUGGUGUCAUGGAUAGACGUGUAUGCCCGUGCCACCUGCCAGCCCCGGGAGGUGGUGGUGCCCCUGACCGUGGAGCUCAUGGGCACCGUGGCCAAGCAGCUGGUGCCCAGCUGUGUGACCGUGCAGCGCUGUGGUGGCUGCUGCCCUGACGAUGGCCUGGAGUGCGUGCCCACAGGGCAGCACCAAGUCCGAAUGCAGAUACUCAUGAUCCGUUACCCGAGCAGUCAGCUGGGCGAGAUGUCCCUGGAAGAACACAGCCAGUGUGAAUGCAGACCAAAAAAGAGGGAGAGUGCUGUGAAGCCAGACAGGGCUUCCACUCCCCACCACCGUCCCCAGCCCCGCUCUGUUCCGGGCUGGGACUCUGCCCCCGGAGCACCCUCCCCAGCUGACAUCACCCAUCCCACUCCAGCCCCAGGCCCCUCUGCCCACGCUGCACCCAGCGCCACCAGCGCCCUGACCCCCGGACCUGCCGCUGCCGCUGCCGACGCCGCAGCUUCCUCCGUUGCCAAGGGCGGGGCUUAGAGCUCAACCCAGACACCUGCAGGUGCCGGAAGCUGCGAAGGUGACACGUUGCCUUUCAGACUCAGCAGGGCCACUUGCCUCACAGGCCACGUCCCAGAGGAGGACAACAGGGCAACGUGUUGAGAAGUGCCCAGUCCCCAGACCUCAGUGUGGGCAGAAAGCGCUCCCGGACCUGGGCCUCUCAGAGGACUUUCCAGCCGUCCCUGGUCUCUCCCAAGGCCGCCCUCCAACAGGGUGGGCAGCCGGACGAGGAGACGUGUCGGCAGCACCAGGGGUCAUGGACUAACUCGGGAGAGAAGGGGUCCCGUCUCGAUUUUCAACCACCACGUGCAAGCGAGCGUCUUCACAGCUGGCCCCACUGUCCCCUCCCCGAGGCGCCAAUCCUCUGCAGAUACUGGGGACUUGGGCUGCGGUGUUAAGAACUGUGACCCCCAACCCUGAUAAAAGAGAUGGACGGAUCUGUCUGUCCCUGCCUGUGUCCUUGUUUGCCACUGUCCAGGCUGGGCGAUUCAGGCACUCUGUAUCGCGCUACGUCCUAGACCCCGAGCCUGUCUUACUCCCUCGUUGUGUAGAUGGAGGCCAUGAGGCCCCAGGUCCCCCAUCAGGUAGAGCCAGAACUGUGCAGUCUUCCCAAUCCUGUUACAUCCAGGCCCUGCCCCUCCCCUGCUCAUCACAAAAGCUCCUUUCUGGAAGGAGACGGUCUGUUAUGGCCAGUGACCUUGAGGUGGGACCCAGAUCCGCUGAAUGAUCUUGGCUGUCGCUGCCCCCCUCUUUCUGCGCCUCAGUUUCCACAGGCGCCUAUGGAGGGAACGGACGACUG